AGCUCCGGACCUCGCGGACGAGGUCAAGCAGCAACAAUGCCCGUGUCACUUAUAUACUCUCGCAUCCCUUAUCUGAAUCCCCCAACUUUUCCAUCAGGCCGGCUACAACCGUCUUUGACCCGUCCCCUUUGACUCUAAAAAGUCUGUUUCUUCUACCUCCAGGUGUCCUCUCUCCCUUGUUGGACCUCUGCCCCCUUUUUUUGUGGAAGAUUUCUCUGUCGGUUGCAGACACCAUGUCCACUGUCGAGAUGUCGGAGGACGUCCUGCCCACUCCCUCCCCAAAGUCGCAAAUUCCGCCCCACAUGGAGAAAAACAGCAGCGAAUAUUUCGAAAAGGUGGAAGAGGGUCCUUCUUCCUAUGCCGAGAUUGCUGCCGCCUCUCUAUCGUCCUCCCACCGAGAAUAUCUCCUCCAGCGCCAUGGAACCUUAGAUCUGGAUCCCAUCCCCAGUCCUUCGGGCGCAGACCCAUACAACUGGCCUACUUGGAAGAAAAUUGCCAACCUCGUCCUCGUCGCGUUCCACGCCUGCAUGGCAACCUUUACGGCAUCGAUUAUCCCCGCAUAUGAGAGUAUUGCUGAAGACCUCGGGGUCUCCAUGCAGAGAGCCAGCUAUCUCACCUCACUUCAAAUUGCAAUUCUAGGAGGCGCGCCCCUGUUCUGGAAGCCUUUGUCCAAUCGUUAUGGCCGUCGACCAAUUUUCCUCUUGUCCCUUAUCCUCAGCUUGGUGUGCAAUAUUGGCUGCGCGAAAAGCCCGACCUACGCGUCUAUGGCUGCAUGCAGAGCGUUGACGGCAUUCUUCAUUUCCCCAGCAGCAGCCAUUGGUAGCGCUGUCGUCACAGAAACGUUCUUCAAGAAAGAGAGAGGUCGCUAUCUGGGUGUCUGGACAUUGAUGGUUACCUUGGGUGUUCCAGUCGGUCCGUUGAUCUACGGAUUCAUUACAUACCGUGUCGGAUAUCGUUGGAUCUUCUGGGUUCUGGCCAUCACCAAUGGUGUUCAGUUUAUCCUGUACCUGUUCCUCGGGCCCGAAACCCGCUACAUUGGCGGUAGCUCCGAGGGCAUAUCCGAUUUCAAGGCGCAGUACAUGUCGCUUCGCCGGAUUGACCCCACCCCGCUGAAAAUCUCCGAGUUCUUCCACCCCUUGACCAUGGCCGCGCGUCCUAGUGUUAUGAUUCCCGCGUGUGCAUACGCCAUGAUCUUCCUGUUUGGCAGUGUCAUGAUCACAGUUGAGGUUCCCCAGCUUCUGCAAGUGAAGUUUGGUCUCAACGCCGAACAGCUGGGACUUCAGUUCAUCGGAGUUAUCAUCGGUACUAUCAUGGGCGAGCAAAUUGGAGGCUCCAUGUCCGACUUCUGGAUGGCCCGCCGUGCACGCAAAUCACAAGAAAGACUAACCCCUGAAUACCGACUCUGGCUCAGCUACCCUGGAGUAGCCUUGACUAUUAUUGGUGUCAUAGUCUUCUUGGUGUGCACCCAACAGGCCUCCGCGAAUCACUGGGUCGUGUCUCCGCUCGUGGGCACCGCCAUCGCUGCCUUCGGUAACCAGCUUGUUACUACUGUGCUGGUCACCUACGCGGUGGACUGCUACCACGAGGACGCGGGCAGUGUGGGUGUCUUCAUCACCUUUGUCCGUCAGACAUGGGGUUUCAUCGGUCCCUUCUGGUUCCCCGAUAUGUUCGACAACGUCGGUGUCGCGGCCAGCUCCGGUGUUGCCAGCGCGAUGAUCUUUGCCGUUAGCUUUUUGCCCAUCGUUGCCCUCCACAUGUUUGGCAGGAAAUGGCGCGGUGCUUGAGUGUGAUGUAUUUUAUGAUGACUAUGUUUAUGAUUUAAGCUUGAAUUUAUCUUCCUC